AUGACUCACCGCUGCCCACACCCUUGCUUCUCUGCUGAUCCUGCCUUGCUUCCCAUCGCCUUUCCUCCCCACCCAUCUUUCCUCGCCGAUCUGGUGAGUGACACGCACGCGCCCAUUCUUCCCCUUGCCCUCGGUGCUGCCAGCGCGGCUCAGGUGUCGGGGAUCGUAGAUCUCUCCUUCCUUCCUGCUCGCGACGAUAGUCCCGCUGGCGCCCCUCCUCUUCCCAUCUCCCUCCCUGUCUUCGCUGCAUAUCACGUUCUGGUGAGCGCAGCCUGCCUCCAUGCCUCUCGUCACGCUGUGGAUACGGAUCCAGCGAGCAAUAUUCGCUACCCCAGCUCAUACCCCGUUCUUGGUACCGACCUGGCGAACGAGACUCGCCUCCACGCCUUCCCUCACGACGCUGGUGCAGAUCCGGCAAGUACGGCCUGCUUCCCCACGCUCCGUGAUGCUGCUGAGGCAAGCGCGACCCGCCUCCCCGCCUCCCGCUGCGAUAUCUCCACGGAUCCGGCGAGCGCGACCCGCUUCCCCGCUUUUCGCCCCGAUGCUGACGUGGAUCCGGCGAGCGCGACCCGCCUCCCCGCCUCCCGUUACAAUGCUGACGUGGAUCAGGCGAACGCGACCCGCCUCCCCGCCUCCCGUUCAAUGCUGACGCGGAUCAGGCAAACGCGACCCGCCCCCUUGCCUCCCGUCACGAUGCUGACGCAGAUUAGGGGAACGCGACCCGGCUCCUCGCCUCUCGUCACGAUGCGGUGCAAAUCUGGCGCGCGCGUGGACCAGUUCCCCGCUUUCCGUCAUGCUGCUGACAUGGAUCUUGCGAGUGCUGCGCGUCUCCGCCCUGCUCCCCGCCGUACGCCUUCUGCCCAGAAACGGUCUGCCUCCGUUGCUUCCGCGGGCAUGUUGCGCUGCUCGCCUGCGUCCUCCUUCCGGACUUCGUCGCCGUCCUCUACCACGUUGUCGCGCUCGGAUUCCUGCGAGGUAUCCGCCGCGUCGUCCUCUCCUUCUUCGCCGACGUUGAGGUGUCCCUCUUGGCCCGAAAACAGUCCCUCCAAGCCUCGCCCGUGA